CAACUAGAGAGACAAAAACAAUGACAUAGAGAGAUAGGCUCACCCAGAUUGAGCCAAUGGAAUCCUUUCCCUCUAUCUCAUUUCGAUUUCAUUAAUUCCCUUCUCUUACACUCAUUUCUUAUCUCUCUCAGACUUUCACAACCAAAACCAGACCUUGCAUCCUCUUCCUCUCUAGCCUGCAACUCUGCAAGUUCAUCUGUCUCUCACUCCGCAAUGGCAACCACUUCACUUCAAUCUCUUCACCACCAUUCUCUUCUGAGGCAAAACCAUCACCAUUACUCAGAUACCCAUUCAUCUUCUUCUUCUUCAGUGCACUUUUCGCUUUUCCUUAAGCCUGCCACUACUGCCAAUACAACCAUAUCUCUUUCUUACAAACUAUCUCCUACACAUUUCAGUCUUUUUUCAACCACUUCAUCUUCGCCUGCCACAACUGCAGACCAAACUACAGACCCACUGACCACAACCUCGGGGAAUCCGGUAUUUGAGCUUCUGGAAAAGCAUCUAGCUGAACAGAACUUUCGUCAGGCAGAUGAAGAAACCCGCCGUUUGAUUAUUGUGUUAGCUGGUGAACCAGCUCAGAAACGUGGGUAUGUGUUUUUCUCGGAAGUUCAGUUUAUUCCGGUGGAGGAUCUUUUGACAAUGGAUAAGCUAUGGAGACAGUACAGUGAUGAGAAAUUUGGGUACAGUGUUCAGAAGAAAAUAUGGCAAAAACAAGAUGAGGAUUUCAGUAAUUUCUUUAGGAAAGUUGGGUGGAUGAAAAAGCUUGAUACUGAGAUAGAACAGUAUAAUUAUAGAUCAUUUCCUACGGAAUUCAUAUGGGAGUUGAAUGAUGACACACCUGCAGGUCACCUGCCAUUAACGAAUGCAUUACGAGGAACUCAGCUACUUAAGUACAUCUUCAAUCAUCCAGCUUUUGAAACUGCAGAUGGAGAAAUGAGCGACGGAGAAGAACAAAGUGGAGAAUCUGACAGAAUUAUUUCCAAACCAUUUAGCAAGAAACUAUUCAGCACAGAUUAUUCAUUUUAAAUUGAUAGUUGGUUUAGAGUUUUAUGUGAAUUAUAAAUUAUGCUUAAUCUACAAUUUAGUUUUCUUCUACUCCAGAUUCUGUUUCGCAACUUUUUUUCCCUUGACUGAUCUGAAAGGCUUGUGAUUAGAGAGCAAAAAAAUUACAGGAACUGUGGAUAAGUUAUCAUGUUGUAAUAUAAUUCAAUACACUCGAGGUGAAAGGGUAAGUAAACAUGGGAUCUGUAUUUUCACUUGAUUUUGUGUUUUUCAAAGCUAUAUAAUGAAAUGAUUGAAUUACAA